AUGAUAGACCAAAACUUUGUCAAAAACAUCCUAGCUGUAUUCUCUCCGCUGAAACAGACGCAAUGUGGUCAUCACGGUUGGGAUCAUGUGCCUGGAAUGUAUUACGUUCUUGAUGUCCUUAUCGCGGAAUACCACCAUUAUCUAGACCGGCGAUGUAUUAUGGUAAGCCUUGGAAAAGAAGUGGCUGUGUAA